ACGGAAUUUUACAAGUUGUCAAAUAUUUUGUAAACAUUUGGCGGAAUUUUAUUGUAAAAAUGUCGUAAAACCUAUUAAUUUCUGCAAGUCUAAUUAAAAUUAAUACGACCUUGGUGUAUUCUUAAGCUGUUGAAAAUGGGUGAUGAAAUUAAAGUUGCGUUUAUAAUACCGAAAGACUGUAACAGUGAAAAUGAGUGCUCGGAAGACAUGCAACUUGCUUUUGUUGCCUGCGAGCAGCAUUGCGGGGGCGGUCUCACAGCCCAAUGGAUAAAAGAAAAAUGUUGGAAUUUCUUCACAGGACUAACGAAAAAAGAUGUUUUCGUUAUGUCCCAGUUCGAAGGCGAGUUGUAUGAUAAACUUAGAACAACAAAGUGUUUAAUUGUGGGUCCCAGAUGUUUGUCAUGUUGUCUAACUGAGGGUAUACCCAUACCCUCAGGCCCAGAGCCAAUCUUCACUAUAGCCAUGAAAAGUCUUGUAAUUACUGCAAGUGGACUGACCAAACAGAAAAAGGAAAAUAUAAAGAAAAAAGUCCACUGGAUGGGAGGUCUAUACAGUACAGUUUUAACUGAUGACACUACACACCUUGUUUCCGAUACUGUCCUUUCUGACAAGUAUAUUAAAUCGGUAGAAAAAGGAAUACCAGUCAUGAGUGAGACAUGGGUGGAAGCCGUUUGGGAGGCAUCCAUGAACAUGAACAUCAACGGUUCGUCGUCGGAGUUCGAUAGCCACAAGUUGCCACCGUUUGCGAACUUGCAAGUCACCACGUCAGGCAUUUCAAAGAAAGAUAAACACAUGAUUAUGAAGCUUGUGAGUGAACACGGUGGAUCUUUUUCUGGGGCGUUCCAGAGCGAGACAACCGAUGUGGUGGUGUUAACAAAGGAAGGCAUAGGCAGUGAGAAGUACAAGGCAGCCCUAGAGUACGGCAAGGCGUGCGUAUUACCGUCGUGGGUCAAAGACUCGGCGGCGCGCGGCGUGUCGCUUCCGCUGGCGCAGUACCGCGUCUGUGGAGCGUCUACGUCAUCGCCGCUCGCCGAGCACCGCGCGCCCGACAUGAGCCUGAACUUCUCACGUAUUACUAAUUUGCGACCGCCCAGUAAUUUUGUUGAUGAAAGUAGAGCGACAGACAUGUCUACAUUAUCAGGAAGAAUGAAGCUGUCUCAAGAGACUUCAAAGAAAUCAAACGAUUCAUCGCUAGUUGAUAAGGAAAUUAUAGCUGCAUUUGAGAAUUUCGACGUCAGUUACAUAAAGAAGGCUGGGCCUAUCUUUGACGGAUUUUGCAUUUGGGUGACCGGCCUCGAAGGCACUUGCCGCGAGAAAGCCGUGGCUUGCGUGUCUCGAGGCGGCGGCGUCCGCUACGACUGCCCGCACGAGCGCGUCACGCACGCCGUCGCCGGCAGUAAGGCCGCGGCCCUAGCGGCCCAGCGCGCGCUGCCCGCUGUAUGCGUACUGAGCCCGCUGUGGCUGGUCAACAGCGUCAUGGCCGGCCAGGGGCGGCCGCUGGACGAGGCCGAGUAUCUAAUAGAUACGAAGCCCACAACGCCAGCCAAAUCAAGUGCACGUAAACCUAAAAUCGAACCCGCGUCGCCUAUGAGCAAGAGAAACUUGCAGCUAUUAAGACGGGGGCCACUGGACCUACCGCCUCCCAUGCCAGAGGUCGAAGAACCAGUGCAGGAUGAAAUUGUGAACCAUUAUUUGAGCCAAAAUAUGCCGGAACCAGAGCCUCCCAGAGAGAAGACACCAGAACCGGCGGCACCAAAUGUAACAGUGCAACAACCUGACGUCACGUCCGACGUCACGGAACAGCCGACCGAAGAAAUUGAACAGAUUUUUAGAGGCAUAAAGAUCGAAGUGCAAGGCUUGGACGAGGAAGCGAUAUGCGAGCUAGGGGCGGAGGUGGGGGCCGCGGGGGGCGCGCUGGCGGCCGCGGGCGCGGGCGGCUCGCACGCGCUCGUGCCGAUGGACUUUGAUCCUUCCGAGCUGGUCACAAGGGACGCCGAGGCUGUAACUGUGUUUUGGGUGAAAGACUGUCUCUCCCAACAAGAGCUACUGCCCAUAGAGUACUACCAUCGACCUGUACAGAUCCCCACUUGGGGUGACGGGCCACCCCCCCUAAACGGGGUCGUAGCGAGUCUUAGUACCUACAGCGGGAUGGAGAGGGCGUUCUUAGAUGAACUGGCGAAACUCCUUGGUGCUACAACGCAACUCCGCUUCUGUCGGCGUAACACAGCGAACGCGCUAGCGUCUACGCACCUCAUAUGCCCCACUCCUACUGGGGACAAAUACACCGGGGCGUUGAAGUGGGGCUUACCGGCGGUCAAGGCAACCUGGCUGCUUGAAUGCGCUAGAACUGGGAAGAGAGUGAGCGAGAGAGAAUAUUUAGUUGGUGACACUAAAGCUCCUCCCAGCCCACAGAAGACCAUAGAGCAAAUGCCGCCAGAAUCCAAAGACGAAACCAACUCCACCACGGACAAAGAGAAUGACAUGCGGCCGCCUCCGACCGCGGCGGUGCCACGUAGAGGCUCCAUACCAAGUCGGGAGCAAACUCCGAAGGGGAAGAAUAUGGGGGCGGGCGGCUCGCACGCGCUCGUGCCGAUGGACUUUGAUCCUUCCGAGCUGGUCACAAGAGACGCCGAGGCUGUAACUGUGUUUUGGGUGUUCUUGAUACGUCACUCGCUUCGGCGCUUCGAAGUAAGUUUUAAGAGCGUGUCUAUACUAUGUACGCUGGCGGCCGCGGGCGCGGGCGGCUCGCACGCGCUCGUGCCGAUGGACUUUGACCCUUCCGAGCUGGUAACAAGGGACGCCGAGGCUGUAACUGUGUUUUGGGUGGAAGCGAUAUGCGAGCUAGGGGCGGAGGUGGGGGCCGCGGGCGCGGGCGGCUCGCACGCGCUCGUGCCGAUGGACUUUGAUCCUUCCGAGCUGGUCACAAGGGACGCCGAGGCUGUAACUGUGUUUUGGGUGAGCGUGUCUAUACUAUGUACGUGGUCGGCCGCGGGCGCGGGCGGCUCGCACGCGCUCGUGCCGAUGGACUUUGAUCCUUCCGAGCUGGUCACAAGGGACGCCGAGGCUGUAACUGUGUUUUGGGUGAAAGACUGUCUCUCCCAACAAGAGCUACUGCCCAUAGAGUACUACCAUCGACCCGUACAGAUUCCCACUUGGGGUGACGGGCCACCCCCCCUAAACGGGGUCGUAGCGAGUCUUAGUACGUACAGCGGGAUGGAGAGGGCGUUCUUGGACGAACUGGCGAAACUGCUUGGUGCUACAACGCAACUCCGCUUCUGUCGGCGUAACACAGCGAACGCGCUAGCGUCUACGCACCUCAUAUGCCCCACUCCUACUGGGGACAAAUACACCGGGGCGUUGAAGUGGGGCUUACCGGCGGUCAAGGCGUCCUGGCUGCUGGAAUGCGCUAGAACUGGGAAGAGAGUGAGCGAGAGGGAAUAUUUAGUUGGUGAUACAAAAGCUCCUCCCAGCCCACAGAAGACCAUAGAGCAAAUGCCGCCAGAAUCCAAAGACGAAACAAAUUCCACCACAGACAAAGAGAACGACAUGCGACCGCCUCCGACCGCGGCGGUGCCGCGUCGAGGCUCUAUACCGAGUCGGGAGCAAACUCCGAAGGGGAAGAAUAUGGAUGUCGAUGACAUGUCACCCGCGUCAAGAUACAUAGCGAUGGCUCGCCAAGGACUUUUAGGCGGCGACUCUCAAGAAACGCCCAAGAGGAUUCAAGCUUUGAAAGAUGAUGCUAGACAAGAUGGUGAAAUCAGAACGCCGCCUUUAGACGAUGCCCUAUCCACCCCCAAUCUGGUCGGUCUCAGUCCAACGACUCGGCGGCGGCUGCAAGCCGUGAAGCGAGGAGAGAUGCCUUCAGACCCGAUACGCACGCCUAAAGACCUACUGAAUCGCAAUCCAGACACUCCCGACAGUGCAUUCGGGGCAGCCCUAAGGCCGGGUUCAGGCCGACUUUCUCCAGAGGCAAGGAAACGAUUGUGGCAAGUCGUGCAAGACCUACCUUCUAAGGAACCACAGCUGUCCAAGGAAAGGCAUACGCCACUAUCAGAAAUCCGCAACAGAUUCCUCGCUCAAUUCAAUGGCGACGCUGCCACGCCCCCUUCGGAACAUCACGCGGCUCCGAGAAAAUUACAAUUACAGGAACAAGCAGAUACUCCACCCGCUAAAAUGCCAAAAUUAUCGGCAGAUCAAAGUGCUGGCAGUAUAAGCAGUCACAUUCACGAAGAUGAAGACAGCUCCAAGAACUCAACUUCAAGCGCUUCAAGCACUUUACCUGCAGCGGUGGACGCUCAGCUGAACAGGCUCAAUGCAGCGCUUAGCAGCCGCUUGAGUUCGCAGAAGGCAAGACGCACUAGAGACUCUUUUCCUGUACCAGUUCCACCGCCGAUUGAGGUCGAGACAGGCCCCGAAUCGCAGCCCAAUACAGUGGGAUGGGACGACACAACGCCCGCCAACAAUGUACAAGACGCGCCGGUACAGACGCAAGCCACCAAGCGGUUCAUGCUGUCUUCGAAUGUUGAUAACCGCGAAGAGAUAAUAGAGAUGAUCCAAUACCUCGGCGGCGAGGUGUGCGAAGGCACAGAACUUGAUCCGGAGGCGACGCAUUUGCUAUGCGCCGCGCCGGGCCGCAGCGAGAAGAUGCUCGGAUCCAUAGCCGCGGGCCGCUGGGUGCUGCAUCCCGCUUAUGUGGCGCGUAGCAGGGCCGGCGGCGGCUUCCUAGCGGAGGAAGACUUCGAAUGGGGGAAUCCCAAAGCCACAUGCCUACCUCCUCUCUCGGGGGCGGAGCGUACGUUAGCCCGGGCCGCUUACCGCUGGCGAUCAGGGCGCGAGCGACGAUUACCGGGGCCUUUUGCUGGCGUCGUGGCCUUGCUACACGUACCAGCGGCUAGGAGAAGACUGCUGGCUAGACUCGUCAGCGCUGGGGAUGGAAUAGCGCCCGAAGACGA